GUUUUUCCGAACUCCAUCGACGACUAUCUUAGCUUGUGUCUCUGAGUUUUCAAGCUUAAAGACAAAGAAGAAAAUGGCUGGUCCUAGGAUUGCUCAUGCUACCUUGAAGGGGCCAAGCGUGGUAAAGGAGAUACUAAUUGGAAUAACACUUGGUUUAGCUGCUGGCAGUGUUUGGAAGAUGCAUCACUGGAAUGAACAAAGGAAAGUGAGGACCUUCUAUGAUUUACUGGAAAAAGGUGAGAUUAGUGUUAUUGCAGAGGAAGAGUGAAAAUGGUCUUGCUUUGUGCCUAUGCUCUCCAUUUAUAGGCUUUUUUUUUCCCUGCUAUAUUCAAGUGGCUCUUUAAAUGUAAAUGAGCCAACUUACUAUGAGAUUGAAAGAAUAAAUUUCUUGCACUGAUCGAGGACUAUGUUGGC